AUGUCAUCAAAAAAUGAUCACGAACAAAGAACUCCAUAUGUUCAAAAAAACAAUUUAAGUAACAUGAGAACUAGGAGAAAAUCUCAAAAACUUUGUCCAGACUGUAAGGAAACGAACGACUGCGAUAAAAUAGAAGAAGUCAUUGACAAUUUUCAUAAAAAUCCCAUAAAACAGAAUAAGUUAGAUGAUUCAGAAACAUCAUCGCUUGAGGGAGAAUUGCUUGAGGGAGAAUUGCUCGAGGGAGAAUUAUUUGAGGGAGAAUUAGGAUUUUACAAAACAUCCUCUAUCGCUCAAAACUUACAAGCUAACAGUCUUAAAGAUAUGGUUGUAAAAACAACGAAAAUAUUUCUACAAGUAACAAUACAACUCCGCAAAAUAACGUUCCCUAAUGGUGAUCAAGAUACUUACAUACCUCAAAUGCCACAACAACCACGAGUAAAAAUUACAAAAGGUGGUAAUCCAGUUCCAAAUUUUGAAUAUGUUUCAUAUGAUCGAGUUCAAGAUUUAUAUGAACAAAAUAAGGGUACCUUGUAUUUCAUCCCUGAGGGUUUUGAACCUGUUUUAGUUCCUAACGAUGCCAAAGCUCAACUCCGGAAGGCUGCAUCAUCAAACGCUAGAACAAAGAUUAAGAAACCACCAAGACCACCAAAUGCUUUCAUCUUAUAUCGUAGAGCUAAACAACCUGGUAUCGUAGCCAGUCAUCAAGGAAUUACUAAUAAUGAAGUUUCAUAAAGAGAUUGGUAGAAUGUGGCAUGAAGAUCCAGCUGAAAUUCGUAUGAAAUUUCAAAAAAUGGCAGACGCUGCAAAGCAAGAACAUACUGUAUGAAAAAAUACCCUGAAUAUAGGUAUCGUCCAAGAAGACCACAAGAAAGGAAGCGCAGGAUUCAACCUCGU